AUGUUUUGGCGUUUUCUAUUGCCUUUUGUUUAUUUGUGGUGUUUACCGGCAAUUUCCAUGGAUAAAUCUAAAUGUGGCCAUUCAGCACUGUGCAUGUUCCAACCAGCCGGAUGCAAUCCAAAGCUCGACUGUACCCUCGGACUGAUUCUUUCAAUCAAUGAUAAUGAUACGAUUCUUCAAAUACAAUCGGUAGCGCAGAAAUUAUUUCCGCCUGUUGCACUACAAUAUAUUGCCAUUGGAUUUUCAAAAGAUAAGAUUAUGGGCGAUGACAUGGUUAUAGAGUGCAUUCUUAGUGAUCAAAUCGAAGAUUCAGGUCCUGAAGUAUUUUUAUCGCAUAAUAUCGGUAAAUCAAAUGAUCGAAUUUAUUUGGAUCAGAGCGAACGCAGUUUAUAUUUUCACAAUGUUUCGAGCAUUGUUAUUGAUGGUCGCCUGUACUGCAAUUAUUCCAUCGACAUAAAACCGCAGAUUCGCGAAAAAAAGGAUCGAGCAUGGGAUCUCAAUGACAAUUUUUAUAUAUUUGGCGUUACAGGAUCUGCACAACCAGAUGAUUAUACAAUGAAUAUCCAUCACAUAAAUAUCACAUAUCCUAAGCUAAUCAAUUUCAUCAUGCAUGUGGAACCAAUUGUUCUGUUGUUCCGCCAACUUUUUUCUCAUAAGUAUUUUUAA